AUGUCUUACGGUUCGUCGUCAGCAACUGUGCAACAUAGAGCUUACAGGAUGUCUACAGUCACCCUUGGUACUUCGGGAUUGAAAGUAUCGAAGGUUGUCCUCGGUUGUGCUGUGUACGGGAGUCCGGAUUGGUACAACUGGGUACAGGAUGAAGAAGAGAGCAUUAAGCAAAUCAAGGCAGCCUACGAUGCUGGAAUCAACACUUUCGACACAGCUAAUGCAGGCCUUCCUUUCGCCUCCAUCUACUCCAACGGACAAUCCGAGAUCGUCUUGGGAAGGGCCAUCAAGCAAGAAAAUUUACCGCGAGGCGAGAUUGUCGUAAUGACAAAGGUAUUCCAUCCUGUGAGCCGUGAUGUGAAAGAGCGCCUCGAUGGCAAGGCAGUUGAAUACGCCGAUGCCCACCGAUACGUCAAUCAGUACGGCCUCAGUCGCAAGCAUAUCUUCGACUCUAUCAAGAAGAGCCUGGAGCGUUUACAACUGGAUUACAUCGACGUCCUGCACUGUCAGGAAUAUGAUACGAUAACCCCGAUUCAUGAGACGAUGAAGGCUCUGCAUGACGUGGUCCAAGCAGGUUGGGUCCGAUAUAUUGGAAUGUCGAAUUGUCGCGCCUGGCAAUUCCAUGUUAUGCAAAACUACGCAGUCGCCAAUAACCUCACGCCGUUUAUCUCGAUGCAAAAUGAUUAUAAUAUUCUCUAUCGCGAAGAUGAGCAUGAGAUGCUGCCUACUUUAAAAUAUUUUGGCAUCGGGUCCAUCCCGUGGACCUCACUUGCUCGCGGGGCGUUGGUCAUGACACUUGAAGAACAACUCGCACUUCCCUUUGAUGGCAGGCAAUUAACCAUCCCAAGUUCUACUGACAUUGUGAAAAGGGUUGAAGAGAUAGCCCUCCAAAAGAAUAUCUCCAUGACCCAGGUAGCCAUAGCGUGGACCCUUGGUCGAGAAUGUGUUUCUGCUCUGGUUAUCAAUGCUCCUGCGACUGAGCAACUUUUGGAUGCUAUUGGUGGUAGAGAUGUGGUACUGACCGCAGAAGAGAUGCAGUACCUGGAAGAGCCGUAUCUUCCUCAGGUGCUUCGCCACUGA